ACAGAUAAGCUGUCGCUUUUGUCUCUUCCCACAAACAAUGCUUCAAACUCUUUCACACUCCCUCACCUUUUGUUAAAUAUAACCACAAACCAUGACCUCCAUUAGAUACUACUCCUUCUUCUUCUUCAACCAUUUCCAUCAUCUUCUUCAAUAACUGUUUCUCUUAUUCACCACUUUUAGUUUCAUGAUAUGGGUUCUAAAAUGAGAAGAAAGCAACAAGUGUGGUACGUGCCUCAACCAUUGACACCCUUAAUGGAAUGGCCAGACCCAGAAAUGCAAGAAGAAGGUAACAAAAAAGAGAGCUCUUGGGAAGUCAUACGUGAAUGGUUUAGAGCAACAAAAAACUCUCCCGGAGCCAGUUUUUCAAGCCCAUUUGAUGGUGCCAUUCAACCCAAAAAGCAAGAUUUGAGGCUUUUGCUUGGUGUUCUUGGUUGCCCUCUUGCUCCAAUUCCCCUAGUCAAUGACCCAAUUGAUCGUCUUCACAUCAAAGACAUUCCUAUGGAAACUUCAAUUGCAAAUUAUAUCAUACAACAAUAUCUAGCAGCCACGGGGUGUCUAAAGCAACAAAAGUGUGCAAAAACCAUGUACGCAACAGGGACGGUGAAGAUGAUUUGUUGUGAGACAGAAGUUUCGUCUGGGAAAAAUGUGAAAACUUUGGGAACAAGAAGUGGUGAAAAUGGUUGCUUCGUUCUUUGGCAAAUGUUGCCUGGCAAGUGGUCUCUGGAUUUGGUUGUGGGUGGCAAUCAAGUCAUAGCUGGUAGUGAUGGAAAAAUUGUGUGGCGCCACACUUCUUGGCUAGGCACACACGCAGCGAAAGGCCCCCAACGCCCACUCCGUCGCAUCAUACAGGGCCUAGACCCAAAAACCACAGCCAGCUUAUUUGCCAAUGCCCAAUGCCUGGGAGAGAAACGACUUGGGCAUGAUGACUGCUUUGUACUAAAAGUAUGUGCAGACCGAGCAGCUGUGAUGGAAAGAAAUGAUGGUUCAGCAGAGGUGAUUAGGCAUGUUCUAUAUGGCUAUUUUUGCCAAAAGAGUGGUCUCCUUGUAUACUUGGAAGACUCCCACCUCACUAGGGUACAAACCCCAGAAAAUGAAAUUGUGUAUUGGGAAACUACUAUAGGAAGUAGCAUUGGAGACUAUAGAGAUGUGGAUGGUGUGUUAAUUGCUCAUCAAGGCAGGUCAAUUGCCACAGUUUUCAGGUUUGGGGAGUUGUCACAACAACAUACUAGGACUAGAAUGGAAGAAGUUUGGACAAUUGAUGAUGUUGUGUAUAAUGUACCAGGGCUCUCACUAGACUACUUCAUCCCUCCAGCUGAUAUUGUGGACAACCUACACUCUCCAUGAUUCACUAACAUUAGGAAUUUUCUUUUUUUUGCUUUUAUGCCUUUUUUUUUUUCUUCUUCUAAUCACAAUAUUGGUGGGUUUAUGGUGUAAUUGUUUAUUUAAUGCUUUUAGUGUAGUAUGUAGAUGCUUCAAAUGUCCAAUCUUUUUAAGUUGAAAUCAAAUGACCAAUUUAAGCAUUGGGUGGAAUAAGAGAUUUGGUGUUUCUAAGGCAA